AUAAAUACGGUAAGUGUAUCUUUCAAGGAUAGGUCCAGCUCAGCUCAGCUUAAGACAGGUUGCUACAUGAGCGCCAGCAUCAUCUCGACCUCAAACAACCCCGUCUCCCUUCUCUCCCCGCAUUAUCACUGGCCCGCGACUCGCAACCGUUCAUAACUGCGGUUCCCGUUUUGACUUGCUAGAAAGGCAGAGACGUGCGUAUCUGUCGACCAACAAUACGGUGUGACAAAGCAGGCGCAGCAUUAUCACAGCGUUCGAUUGGCGCGCCGGUCACCAGCGCAAGUCGUUAUGUCGCCGCCGCCGAACUCGCCUCGGCUGCCCAGCCCGCCGCCUCCAGCCGAGUAUCAGAUAGGACCCAAAUCGCCACUGAUGGGACCCAAUGCGGCUCGCCAGGCUGCCCAGAUCGAGCAGACGGCCAUCGAUGCGAACGCCAAACGGCGCAUCCACCCGGGCACGAAGUCGGCCGACAUGGCUGCCGGUCCUCCGCUUGUUCCGUUGCAGGAGCUCGACUCGGCCUUCCAGCUCCAGGAGCACCUGGCGGCCUUGCACUACUACCACACAGCAAGUCACACGACGCCCAUCACGCGCGACACGGCGAAGCUGCUGGCGAACCCACCCCCCGGCAUCGACAGGACCCUCUGGCUGUACGAGCUCUGCCGCUACCUGAUCGCGCAGUGCAACACCCUCAUCGUCGGCUUCCUGUUCGACACGCCGCCGUGCAGCGCUGCCACCUGCCCCGAGAUGCGCGCCGGCGAGUGGCAGUUCCUGUGCGCCGUGCACGACACCCCCAAGAGCUGCUGCGCCAUCGACUACUGCUGUCACACUCUCGACUGGGCCGCCAAUGUGGUGACAAACCCAAAGAUCUUCCCGAGCCGCUUCGUCGUCGAUGCCCACGACAAGAGCACCGCCGUGAAGAACUUGGUCAACGUGUUCCGCCGCCUCCACCGCAUCUUUGCCCACGCCUGGUUCCAGCACCGCGGCGUCUUCUGGUCUGUCGAGAGCCAGGGUGGCCUCUACGUCUUCUUCAAGACCGUGUGCGACGUCUACGACCUACUGCCGGCUGAAAACUAUAAGUUACCUCCCGAGGCCGAAGGGCUGGACAGCAACACGGGUGCCGGUGGCGAUCUCGGGGAUAGAGGUACCGAUAGGAGACAGGGCCAGCAGCAGCAGCAGCAGCAUCAACCUCAGCUCCUGGCACCACUUUCCAUCGCGAAACCACCCAGCCAACGUGACGGCGAUGACGGGGACUAUCCGUCCGUGAGCAGGACCAACACGAGGAGGCAUAUUAAGAGCAGCCCCUCGGUAGGAAGCGCGGUGACGACAGUACCCGAAGCAGACGAGGACGACAGCAGUGCCGAUUUGUCCAAUAAGCUGGCCGGGAUGCGCAUAUCAUCAGCUCCCGCGCCACCCGCCGACAGAGAGUCAGAGCCGAAUAGCAUCCCGCUGAUCGUCGAUCCUGGGCCCUCAGCAACGGCGGAGCAGCCAUUGCGACCAUCAAGCGUGAUUCCGCCGCCGGGAACGGCAGCGAAUGAAUGUCAACCGGAACCGGAGACGGACCCGGAGAAGCAAGAAUCUGAAGAAGCAGCGGCCACAACGACAGCCGGGGAAACCGAGCUUGCGCCCGCGCCGGAAAUGCACCUGGAUGCCGAGCCCGAACCUGAGCUGGCAUUAGAGGAGACGCCAUCCGCAGCGGAGGCGGUCGAGGAACCGCAACAAGCCGAGAAACUGGCCGCUGCCGAUGACGAGCCCGCCAGAGUGAUGGAAGACACCGGAAACCAAACCGGAGGAAUCAGCAUCACAGCCGCUUGCCGCGGAAGCGGAAGACCCUAGUACAGAGAGCCAGGCCGCCGGUGACGAGGACAAAGACGUUGCCAACGAGACGGAGGCAAGGGCGAAAGCAGAAGAAGCAGGGAAGGAUGCCGGUGAGGUGGCGUCUUCGCCGGACAAACCCGAGGAGCAAGCUGUCGAGAG